CUCCUCUGAGCGCCAGAAGAGAAGACAGGCGAGCGAAGCCGGCGGCUUCAGUGCGAGCGUCGCUUUCGCGGUGAGGUGCGCCCCGGGUAGCUUUCGUCGUCCAUCGAGCGGGAAGGCUUUCCGUGCAACGGAGCGGCGACCGAGAAUUAUGGAGUACUCGAUGCAGGGAGAAGUGUGGAAAGUGCAGACCUUGAAGGAGCUGGUCGAGAUCCUGCAUCACUUGUUUGCGAGCGAUAAAGUCAAUGUGGCAGAAGUGCAAACUGUAAUGGAAUCUUACGAGAGCAACCCGGACGAGUGGACCAAAUAUGCCCAGUUUGACCAAUUCAGAUACACAAGAAAUCUUGUAGAUAAAGGAAAUGGAAAAUUCAAUCUGAUGAUCUUAUGCUGGGGAGAAGGCCAUGGCAGUAGUAUCCAUGAUCACACAGAUUCACACUGUUUUAUGAAGCUACUUCAAGGAAACCUAAAGGAAACUUUGUUUGAGUGGCCUGGCAAAAAGGGGACUGGAGAGAUGCUAAAAAAAUCAGAAAGAGUGUUAAAGAGAAAUCAGUGUGCCUAUAUUAAUGACUCCAUUGGUUUGCAUCGUGUGGAGAACCCAAGCCAUACCGAAACAGCUGUCAGUCUCCACUUGUACAGUCCACCUUUUGAAAUCUGCCAGACCUUUGAUCAAAGAACUGGACACAAGCAAAAAGUUAAAAUGACGUUCUAUAGUCAGUUUGGAGAAAGGACUCCAUAUACUUCAGCAAUUUCUCAAGAGAACAACUGAGAAGCACAAAACGUAUCGACAUAUAUUCUUUUAUUUUGUUAGAAAUUGUUGGAGCAAGAGUAGAAGAAUUAUGUGGCUAAUGCCAGUAUCAAGCUGUAUCUUUAUGCAGGACUACAUAGCUGUCCUAUAUGAAAAGCAGCUUUUUAGCUAUGGUUUCUUUCUCUCUUUCUCUCUCUCAUACGUAAAUACUAAAGUGCAGAAUAUAGAAGAUUCUUGCAGACAACCAACAAAUAUAAGAGCAUGGGGGGGGGAGCAGAAUGCCUCUGAUUAAUUCUAAGACUGUGCACACAAACAUUGUACUUAGCAGACCUUCAGAAUGAAUGUACACUACUUACACUAAUUUUAUAACUUGUCAAACUCCACUCCGUGUUCACAUUAAUUCCUAUCCAGUGUAUACUUUAUGUUGAAAGAGAAUUCUUUUUAUCAUGGAUGUAAUAAUUUGUUGGAAUUUUAAUUGUGCAUUUUAAAAUCUAACGUGGAAUUACUAUCUUUUUUAGUAGGAGCAAUAAAGCAUAUCCUGUACAAUGUUU